AUGGCUGAAAAUAUGAAAGUUAAGUAUGAUAAAUAUUGGGGUGAUGUUGAAAAAAUGAAUAAGCUGAUAUUUCUUGUUGUUGUGCUUGAUCCUCGACAUAAGAUGCAGUUUGUUAGGAAUUUCCUUGGUAAAGGUCAAUAUGAAAACCCUACACAUUCCUCUCAUGAUGUGGAUUCGGUAGAACUCAAAGCACCCGAGGAUGCAUUUUCUUUGGAGGUGAAUUCCAACAAGUACCAUAUUCUUGGUCAAAGGGCUAGAGAUGUAUUGGCCAUGCUUGUGUCUAUUGUAGCUUCGAAAUUUGCUUUCUCUACUGGAGGUAGAGUGCUUACUUGUUAUAGAAGCUCUCUUACGCCAAAAACAAUUGAAACUUUAAUUUGUACACAAAAUUGGUGUAAAUCUUCCCUGGUAUCAAUCGAUAUUGAAGAGCUUGUGGAUGAGUUAGAAAAUCUGGAAUCAGAACUUGCUCCAAUCCCACAAUUGAAUGAAGGUGUAUCUGAUAUAGAUUCUGAUUAG